UCAGUUGGAGAUGUACUUUCCUCCAUCAUUCUUUGAUAUUAUGGUCCAUCUGAUUAUUCAUUUAGUCCGAGAAGUUAGAAUUUGUGGUCCAGUAUUCUUACGAUGGAUGUACCCUAUUGAACGAUACAUGAAGAUAUUGAAAGGGUAUGUAAAGAACCAAUAUCGUCCAGAAGCAUCAAUUGUUGAAAGAUAUAUUGCAGAGGAAGCUAUUGAGUUCUGUACAGACUACUUAUCACAAGUUGAAGCUAUAGGGGUACCGAAGUCUCGUUACCAUGAAAGAGGUGCUGGUAAGGGUACUCGAAGUGCAAAAGUUAGAACUCUGAGUAGAGAUGAAGUUCUCCAAGCACAUUUAUAUAUAUUGAAUAACACUAAAGAAGUCAUCCCUUAUUUAAGUGCUCAUAAAGAUAUUGUGAAGAGAAAUAAUCCACGAAUGUCUCAAAAGUGGGUCAUUAAUGAGCACAACAAAACUUUUUUGAAGUGGUUCAAACAACAGGUUCAAAAUGACAACACAACUUCUGAUACAUUAAAUUGGCUAGCAAGUGAGCCAAACUAUGAUGUCUUAUGCUAGAGUGGGUAUGAUAUAAACAAUUAUACAUUUCAUACAAAAGACGAAGAUGAAAAAAGCACCACACAGAAUAGUGGAGUAAUGGUUGUAGCUGAAUCAAUGCAUUUCUCAAGUUCAAAGGAUAAAUAUCCGAUUAUGGCCUCAAUGUGCUACUUUGGUGUAAUUGAAGAUAUUUAGGUAAUAGAUUACACAAGUUUCAGAGUACCUAUUUUUAAAUGUAAGUGGGUUGAUGGUAAUACUGGCGUGAAGACUGAUGAUCUAGGUUUUACCUUGGUUGACCUAGAAAAGGAAGGUUAUACUAAAGAGCCAUUCAUCAUGGCAUCUCAAGCAAAACAAGUGUUUUAUGUCACUGAUCCCGCUAACAAAAGAUGGUCAGUGGUUCUCCAAGGCAGAACCCUACAUUAUACUGAUUACAAUGAUGAAUUGAUACUUGAUAUUAGCAAAACUCCAUCCUUCUCAUCAAAUAUGCCGACCUUGAAUGUCGAUAAUGAAGUAGAUGAUGUUCAUGCCGUACGUGAUGACCACAAUGAAGGGUUAUGGGAGAACAUUCUAACUUGACCCAUUUAUUUAUGUGCUCAUAAACUUGUGUGUGGCUUUUCUUCACGCUCUUCAUCUUUCUCAGUUCAAGUUAAUUGGUGGGUAGGUUCAAAGUUUUGAUCUGAAGCCAUUACAAACAAGAUAACCUAAUAUCCAUUGCUUUCAGAAUCCAUCCAAAUAAAGACUUCUCAUCUCUUAAGCACAUUAGAUCCCAGUUGAUAGGAAAUGUCCGGUGAUACACCAUUUGGUGACCUUCCACCUUCAUAAGGUGGGGACAAGAUUCAUACAUGUACCAAAAAAAAUGGUAGGCGUGGAACUAGGUUGAGGGAGUUAACAGUCAGUCGUAGUGCGGAUCAAAGAUUGCCUAUCCAAUUUGAUAUGCAAACUGGUAAAGCUUUGGGAGAUAAUAGCACAAAAUUCACCAGCUAUGUGGCCUUGCUUGGUAGGAACAAGUCAUCCAUUCUUAUAGAUGAUUGGGACCAUGUUCCAGAGACAGUAAAGAAUCAGAUUUGGCUAAGUGUCCAAGUCACAUAUGAUGUCCCAAAUAGUAAUCUGUUGAGGACGAAAUGGAUUUCAUUUGCUGGGGAACGAUGGAAGGGUUUUAAGACGGACCUUAUAAGUCGUUAUAUCUGUGGUCCCUUAAGUGAUAAAAACCCUUGUGAGAAGUAUCCGUUCCUUGAUGAAGACACAUGGCAGGCUUUUAAGGAAAGGCGAUUAAAUCCUGUCUUUCAGGCUAAGAGGAAAGCUGCACAAGAGAUAGCAAGAAAGAAUGUCCACCCCCAUAGAUUGUCUCGUGGGGGUUAUGAUAAAUUGGAGCAGAAGAUGAUGAAAGAGGCAUCUGCCUCUAAUUCCAGUGGGACUAUUGUUACUCAUCCUCCUCGCCAUGAUAAAUGGAAAAGAGCUCGUCAAAAACCAACAGGGGAUUACAUAUCUGCAGAAACAGAAAGCGUAGCUAGGCGUAUUGAUGAACUGGUCGAGCAAAGCACACAAGGAUCAUUCAUUCCACAGGGGCGUGAGGACAUAUUGGCAGUUGCCAUUGGUCGUCCAGAGCAUCCUGGACGUGUUCGUGGUGUUGGAAAAUUUGUAGGCAUCCGUCAAUUCUUUGGUCCUCCAUCAGCUAAUCAUAAUAAAGUAAAUAUCAAUGAGGAAGUUAUCAUGUCCAUCAAAGAAGAAAUGAGAGAACAAAUGAGGGAGGAAAUUAGGGAGGAGAUUAAGAAGGAGAUGAAGAAAGAGUACUUUGAUAUGAAGGCACAAUUGUUAUCAGACAUGAGAGCAGAGUUAGCCUCUCCCUCAGCCCAGCCUUGUAAUCCUCAUCAACAACCUUCUAUUAUUUGUGUAAGCACAAAGGGGAGUUGUGAUGUUCCUCUUGAAGAGGCUUCUCUCAUUGGUGAUACAGAUUACGAGUUGUUCAUUGAUGAUCUCCUGCAGUCCUUGGUGGCUUUAGGUAAAAUAUAUGCAUUGGGGUCAACCAUACACCAUGCAACCAUUGCAGAUGAUAUGAUGAGAGUAGUGGUUGUAGAUGUUCGAGAUGCUACUGCUCCAGUCCCAGUGCCCACUCAAGAGGUUAAGACAGUGGGGCAGGCCCCUGGAAAUUUUAUCCUUUGGCCAGUUAGAUUAGCAAAAGUAAUUGCAAAGGAGCAGAUUAGAGUACAAGAAAAGGAAGAUGUGAAUGAAUCAUUACCACAACAGACAAUUCUAGAACGACUUGGUGCAAUGGCAGCGACUAUCGCCUUGCAACCUAUACAAUUAGAAAUGUCUCCCCAAGCCACAAAUAGGACCUUCAACACCCCUUUUUUUAUAUGUCAAAAGGAUAUUUUUGAAGUUCUCUCUGGCACUGAUAUGUUAUGUAUAUCAGUAAUACAACUUUGGUUGUUGUAUUUACAUCGUAGAUGCACUGAGAAGAAGAAUGAUCACAUAUAUGGAUUUAUUGAUCCUAUUGCCAUUCAAGGUGUUGGGAAUAAAAGUGAAGAGGUUCAAAAGUACCUAUUAGAGGCAUUUGAUGUUGGGAAAAAAGAAGUGUACUUAGCGCCUUAUUUGCAGCAGGGUCAUUGGCAGUUGUUGGUAAUUCUUCCUCAGAAGUUUGUUGUGGUUCUUUUGUGUUCAUUACACAAGAAGCCUAACACUCUGAAAAUUAAAAGUACUUUACAAGCAGCGGUUGAGGCUCAUUCUAGGUUGCAGGGACAACAAAUCACUUCUAGAAAGAAGUUGCAGUUCAUUGCGCCAACUUGCUCACGUCAACCGGGAAGCUAUGAGUGUGGAUAUUAUACCAUGAGGCACAUGCAUAGAAUCAUAUCCGCAAACAUUGUUGACUCAUGUGGAUAUGAUUUUCAAUGACACAUCUCCAAUGGAUCAAGGAGUCUUGAAGGAAGUUCGUGAGCAGUGGGCUUCGUUUCUUUUAAGUGUUUAUAUAAGAUGAUGUUAGGUGUUUUAUGACUUAUAUAGUAAUUUGUUUUGGAGUAGUA